AAUUUCUAUUUUUUCAUUCCUUUAAUUACAGCCACCACUCAUUGACGUGGGAUAUUUAGUACACCAUUUAUAAAUUACCUCAGGGAGUUCUGUAAAAAAUAAGGGGGCGGGGUAAGAAAUGCGCAUAUCCAUUGGUUACCACCUUAAGUAAACGUUUUAUGUUGGACCAAUCGUGAUAACGCAACGAUAUUGCAGUCAGAGAUGGCAGGCAUUGGCAGGCUCUUGGUGAAGGACUGCGUGUUGCUGCUGUGUGACAUGCAGGAGAAGUUCCGACCUAAUAUUGUGCAUUUCACCAACGUUGUGAGCAACGCGGCCAGACUGCUGCAGGCCUGUCGAACUCUGGGCAUCCCUCCAAUCCUGACAGAGCAGUACCCCAAGGGCCUGGGCCCCACAGUGGCUGAGCUGGGGGCCUCGGACCUGAAAGCUCACGCAAAAACCCAGUUCUCCAUGCUGACAGCGGAGGUGGAAAAAGAGCUGAAGGGCCUAGGAGAUCCAAAGAAGGCCAUUCUGUGUGGGAUCGAGGCUCAGGCUUGUAUUGCGUGCACUACCUAUGACCUCUUGGAGAGAGGCAUGGAGGUUCAUGUCGUGGCAGAUGCUGUCUCUUCCAGAAGUCAGACAGACAGAUUAUUCGCCCUGUCUCGUCUGAAGCAGAGUGGGGCGUACCUAACCACUACGGAGGCGGUCCUGCUACAGUUAGUACAGGAUGCCAAGCACCCCAAUUUCAAGGAGAUCCAGAAGCUAUUGGCCCACCCUUCCCCAGACACUGGCCUAGUGUCUUUCUUCAGCUCUCUGUAGAGAAAAUAAGGAACUUGCUGAGAUUGAGAUUUUAAAAGAAAAACGAAGUAUCCUCAGCAAUGUCAAUGUCAAUGCAUACAUCUGGAAACUCUGACACAUAUACAUAAGACAAUAAAAAUCUGAUGACAAUUAACCAGUGUCAGUUUCUAUAGUGUGGAGAGGGGGAGUCGUUAGGGACAACAAAUGUUCUUCUGUUUCCUGUGAUAGUAUUAGGCUUUGUCACAUCAGUUUGUAAUGGAAGUUUCAUUGAUGUUAAAAAUCAGUAAUGCGGCCA